CAAGUAAGCACUCUCGAAAUAGCUCAUGCGUUAAUUGUUAAUUGGUGUUGGCUCUUCACCCACAUGCAGUUUGGACAGGGACGCAUAGGUUGGAUUGGGGGUGCGAUGAGGUAGUGGCUCAGCGACAGAGGCAGGGAAUGAAUUAGCGGAGUUCCAAUUCUUUUAAAAAGUAAUCGGAUUAAAGUGGUUCUGGUUAAAAUUGGAGGUACGGACAGCGGUCCGACAUUCGAUCGCAAAUUAACAGCGGUAUCGGAUCUCCUUUUCACUGGAAAUAAGGAAACUAGAAACACACAGCCAAUAUGCCAGUUGACCUGAAUGGGUAUUGGAAAAUGAUCUCCAAUGACAACUUUGAGGAGUACAUGAAAGCCCUCGAUGUAAAUGUUGCCAUUAGGAAAAUUGCCAACUUGUUGAAGACCGACAAAGACAUCAGUGUUGAUGGUGAUCACAUGGUCAUCAAGACCCUCAGUACCUUUAAGAACUACAACAUGGAUUUCCAUGUUGGCAAGGAGUUUGAGGAAGAUCUCUCAGGGGUGGAUGACAGAAAAUGCAUGACCACUAUCUCAUGGGAGGGGGACAAGCUGGUGUGUGUUCAGAAGGGAGAGAAGGAGGGCCGAGGCUGGACCCAUUGGGUGGAGGGAGAUGUGCUUCAUCUGGAGCUGAGAGUUUGUGGAGUUGUGUGCAAGCAGGUUUUCCAGAAAACCUAAACCAGCACUGGAACAGAACGGCGCACCCGGCCUGAGAGCGCAAGACAGACAUGAACAUGACCCGAGCCUGUGACAGAGAACCCCUAUUGUCAUCAUCUGUAUGCCCAUCCAUCCAUUCAUCCUUUCUUCCUUAUUUCCAUCCAUCCUUUUACAUUUAAUUCCAUCGAGACUGUUACCUUGCCCCACUCAAACUAUCCACAACAGGGAUGAUGUAACAAAAAGGAAAACAACUGUUCAUCACUGUACUGUAACUGUCUCAGGGCGGGUGCUCAAUUGAUUAACAUGUUAUAUGUGUAUUUAUGCAUUUGCACUGCAGUAGGUGUGGUAGGCUUUGUGAUUAGUGCCUCAAUCUCUGAUGAUGCACCGGACUGAUAACUGGUGGUGAGCUUGACCACUACCAAGGAAGGUUUCAGUGUAAAUUCAACUAAUAUUUGGGCCAUGA